AAGUUGGUAAUUCAUUGACUUAGUGAAUGUGAAGUUAUAUACUAGUGCAUCUAUGUAUAAAGCAGUAUUUUCUUACUAACCGUGGGAAUAUUAUCUAGAGGCUUGUAUAUUGCCAUUCGAAACAAUGAAUUUAUUUCCUCUAAGAUCUUUAUCUCAAGUUUAUCCGGGCUGAUCAUUAUUAGUUGUUAUAUUAUUAUUAGUAAUAUCGGAGUAGACGCUGAAUUUAAAGUCUUCAUAUUUCAAGUUUUUCGAAUGAUUUCAUUAAAUAUGGAGAAUACCACUUUGAAUCCCCAUAACUGCACUCCUAACUGUGAAAAUUCGACAAUAGAAGACGGAUUAUUACAAAGCCUAAAUGAUGAGAAAGCUCUGCAUUUUAUACCGGUAAUGAUAUGGGUGGCCUUCUUGAUGGUGAUAGGCGUACUGGGCAACUCUCUGGUAGUGUAUGUCUACAGACGCCGCUUUAAGAAAACUUCGUCAAACUAUUUUAUAUUGACCAUGGCUAUAUUUGACCUUGUGGCAUGUGUUGUAGGAAUGCCCACAGAAAUUUAUGAUUUACGAUAUCCAUACACGUUCUACAGUUCCAUUGGUUGUAAGAUCUUUCGGUUUACGGAGACAUUUACAAUAUAUGGCUCCGCCAUUGUGCUCGUAGAGAUAGCAUUCGAUCGUUAUUUUAAAAUUUGUAAACCACUAAUGGUGAUCAGUUUGUUUAAGAUCAAGAUGUUGUGCUUCAUGGCAGCAGUUCUCGCUCUUAUAUUUUCCACCCCAACCGCUCUUUUGUUCGGCAUCACACACCCACAAACUCCCAUUCCCGGAGUGAGGGGCUACGAUUGUUCUAUUGAAGAGAAAUACCUGAAGUCGACGUUUCAGAGAGUGUAUUAUGGAGCUUUAUCUGUAGUGUUCGUCACCACACUCCUUGUUCUAACGGUUCUGUAUGUAAGGAUUUGGGUGGAGAUAAAACAGCGUCGCAGCAUGGUGAUUGGUGAUCAGAUAUCAUCUAAACCUCCUGGGACACCCCAGGAAAAGAAGAAGAUUCGCGUCAAGUACGUGACCAGUGGCAGCAAUGAUGAAGUUGAUGACGAUUCAUCAGAAAACGGGAACGGACAAGUGAUGUGCGAAGAACAAAAGAGAACACGGUUUGGAAGUUUGGCUAACUACGCUUCUAGGAUCCGCAUCACGCGAACAACCGUCGUGUUAUUUGCGGUAACCGUCGCCUUUGUUAUUAGCUACCUUCCAUCUAUAACCAUCAUGCUGACCAGGUCAUUAAUUAAAAAUCUAGAGGACAACAGGAGCAUUGGGGUUGAAGUCACUAGUAAAUUUUUCUCCAAUUUUUUCUUCAUCAAUAACGCAAUAAAUCCUAUUAUAUACAGUUUCUUAAACUUGAAUUUUAGACGUCAGGCACAAAAGACAGUCAAAACAGUUUUCUGUUGUGAAAAACGACAGUCGCCUAAAAAGGGUGAUUCGGACAGAAGUACAAAACGUGAGAUAUUGAUGAUAGCCAUGGCUGGUCGCGAUGUAUGAUUUCUGGGGUGCAUAUUCUCGGCUAUAUAAUUAUUCAUAUUAAAGUAUAUAAGACACGGACACUUAUCCCCUCGCCUAAGACAAUUAUUGGUGAACAAUCCCUGUUUCAUAUAAAAUUGUAUCAUCGGUGAAAUAUUUCAAUGGUUGAUCACAAGAGUGCUUGACAUUUUGAAAUACCAAAGAGGAUAUUUGUUUGUUUUUUACUCUUUCACAAUGUAAAGUAUAGGUCAAAUUACAUCUGUGAAAUAUUUACAUGGUUGAUCACUUGACAUUUUGCAAUACCAAAGAGGAUCUUUCACAAAGUAAAAUAAACAACUAUGAAGUAUGUCCAUCAUGGUUGAUCACAAGAGUGCUUGAAGUUUUGGAAUACCAAAAAGGAAAUUAUUGGUUUAUUUAUUUUUAUUUUCAUGUCGACGCAUAUUUUCGUCGCUUCUGUCCAUUCGACGACCGUUAGUUUAUGGACACUCUUUUAUCCGAUUUUGACGAACCUUGGAAUACAGGUUUAUCUCCCAGCGAUCUCGGUUGCUUCCGAUAUUGGCAAGUAUCGGACCAUAACUUCAUAAAUUAUAGCCCCUGAUUGUACGCCCCCCCCCCAACGUUUUAGCUUGCGGACACUCUAGAGGUAGCAAUUUUUAUCCAAUUGUGAUAACACUUAUCAUGUAUGUUUAUAACACAAAAUUCACGGUUCCUUUGAAUAUUCGUCCAUAUUGGAACGUAAGCUUUAGCUUGUGGUCCCUCUAGAGCUCAGAAUUUUUAUCCGAUUUUAAAAACCGUUCAAAAAUAUCACCGUUUCAUCCUAAUGAAGGUUGAGUUCGAUUUUCGUCAAAAUUAGACCGAAACUGCCCGAUAAAAUGGCGGCUUCGUACCAUAAAGUGUAAAAGUAUGUAAUACCCAAGGCUGUGGGCCCUCUAGGCCAGAAUUUUUAUCCAGUUUUAAUGAAACUUGAAAUAUAGGUUUAUAUCUUGGUCCCUUUCAGCAUUGACAUGCAUAGGAACGUAGCUUCAUGGAUUAUGGACCCUGAUUGUCACAAUAUUUAAUCGAUUUUGAUGGAACAUAAAAUAUAUGUUUAUAUCACAAAGACCGUGGUUCCUUUCGAUUUUAGCAUAUAUCAGAUUGUAAAACUUGAUGGAUUAUGGAGCCUGACUGUAAGAAAAAUCAUAUUGUUAGAUUGUGGACAUUAUAAUCAACAUAUUAAACAAUGAAUAAUUUGGUCAUUGUUCAGUGUCCCCGAUUUGAGCUAGUUCCCUGAAACCAUUCAAUAAGGACGCUAUUUUUAUCAGCAUAUGUAUGACAGAGUAAAUCAUAAGAGUAUUCAGCGUGAGAGGAUGAGUCCUAUUGAUUUUCUCUGCUCUCGAUGUGGGCGUAUCUUGCGUGGCAACCGCUUGGUUUUUUUUCACCAUGUAAAAUAUAGAUUAAAUGCAAUUGACACACGAGUUCAAGGUCACAUUUUAUUUCCAUAAUCACAAUAAUGUACAGUUUUCUACAGUUUUGGAUUUCCUAAAUAUUUAUCUAUUACUGUAUAAUGAUUAUGAGAAUUACGAUUAGAGAUCCAAGGUCUGUUUUAUUUAUAAUGGUGAAGAAUAUUAUGUAAAAGUAAAUACAGUUGGAUAUGUGCAUAUGUACAUAAUGUUACCAAUAUAUUUCAAUGCAUACUUUAUCAGCGGCCGGGCGGUGAGGACACUGAAUAUCCCGAGUUCGGUUCCAGGCCAGGGCCGAGUAUAAUUUUCAAGCCGACUACCCACUUGUCAUGGAUAGCGCCCGUGGGACAUAUAAGUGAAGUGUUUCCUAGUCGUUCGUGUGGGAUGAAACAACGAGGCCCAUCUUUGUAGACAUUAGCGUGCAUGUAAAACACACUUAACAGCUGGAAUUCGAUGAAGAGUAUGUGGCAAAAAUAACCACAUAAUAGUCUGAAAGUGACAGAAGUAUUGUGUUGACUAGACGUGAAACCCCAUUCCUUUUGUUUCCUCAUCAGAAGAUGAUAAUUAAAUAAUUGGUUACAAAUCUACGCUUUGUAUGUGAACGCUAUACUUGAUUUCCGUAGCAUAUACGGUAUUUACGAGUUUCUGACUUGAAAAAUGAGCACAACUCGCAGCGUUAGUCAUAUUUUCUAUUUGCAUAUUCUAUUGUAUUCCAGUCGGAGACUUUUAUUAUCGUAAAUACAUUACAAAUAUAUUGUAUAACCUAAUUAUUGUACGUGAAAUAACAUGGGCAUGUCAAAUGUGAUUAUGUACCUCUGAUGUAUGUGAAAGCCAACUUAUAGAACCUGUUAUGGUUGGUAAUUAUGUUAAUACCGUAUUCCCAUACAUCUUGAAGAUGCAUUAUGUAAGCGCUAAAUCUGUUCAUUGCAGUUCUUUAUUCUGGCUUCAAAUGCUAUAUUAUAAAUUGUUAUUUAGACAGUUAUUCACACAAGCCCAUAUAACUCUACCAUUUGGUAGCUGAGAUAUUGAGUCUAUACAACAAAGUCUGUCGUCACAUCUUCGUCACAUAUUUCUUGUAAAAAUUUUAAACAUUCAUAACAUUAGCUUGAAAUUUUCAACACUUUAUCUAAAUCUUACAUAAUGUAUCUUGAAUAGAAGUAUUUUACAACAAUUAAUAAAUCGCUCGGGUUGCUUCCUGUUUAAAAGGCUGCUACUUCUGUUUUAUGUGUCAAGGGUGUAUGCCAACGGUACUUGAUACCAUUUACGUAAAUCACCGUUUAAUGUAGACAUAAAUGUACUUCAUUAAAGUGAAUUUAACUAGGAAGGCGUCUACAGUCUGCUACGAUGGAUUUAGAUACUUCAUUCCUAGCUUUCUACUUUCUAGAACAGGAACAAGGCACCAAGCUCCACUACUCAUCGUAUUGUUCUUUUUCUUUGGGGCAAAGCGCUUAAAAAAGACUAAGGCUACGUUAAUUCAAGUACGGUCGACAUGGAACUUGGCAUGAUUUUUCCUUGGAUAAUUGCAACGACUUUUAAUAGGACGGAGAAAUUCCAAUAUGGCACCGAUGAGCCAUGUUAAGUACCUGGUCCAUAUUACGCCCAUACUUUCGCAUUUUGUCAUAGUAUGUGUAAACUAAAAGAAAAACGGACUAGUAUAUUGAAUAUUGUCCACCAUUAUGGUAGCUGAAUUCAUGUAAACAUUGUAAAUAUAGAUUUUCAUAGUUUAGAAUGAAAUAUGUAUCCAAACAAUGUCCGUUACUUGUGAUCGUUUUCUGGUAUAAUUUAUAGAGACCCUUUGUCGCCGAAAUCUGUAAAUAUAUCCAACUUAAAACUGUUCCCCAGAUUGUAAUUUUAUAGAAUUUUCCUCGACAGCAAAAGUUCAGGAAUAUUUACUUAAUGGUCUAGCAUAAAACUGAAUGUAAGCUCUAGGUGUUCUUAAUUUUAUGGUACUUUAGGUCAAUUGCAGUUAAUAAAAAGCUCGUUUUAACACGAAAACAAAAUAUUUUUAUUGUUAUUAAGAAAAUUGUUGUUGGGAUACCACACCCACACGUAUGCGUCUUAACAAUAAGUAAAAUUUGCGCUUAAUUUUUAAAAUUAUCAAUCGGUGAUCAAUAUAUUAAUUUAAUAAUCGAUUAUCAAUAUGAUAACUUAAUAAUUAAUCAUUGUCAGAUUUAAAGUGAUAAGCAAUUUUUAGUGAUUUGUGCUUAUAAUUCUAAAUGUAAUUUCGAUGUCAUUGAAAUGUCUCUCGAAACUAAUAUAUUGUACAUGCCUUUAAAUCCAUGUUGUAUUUUGUAUGAAAUGUACAUAAAAUGUUGUUGAUAAUAUCCUUAUAUGUAUUGCUUCUUAUUUAAGUUUUACAUUCCGUUUAUGUUGUUCAUUUCAGUGAAAUACCGGUAAAUUAUCAGUGCAAUAACUAUGUAUUGUAAAGGUCCCAUAUUAUUCUCCUCUGGUUUUGUUAUAAUUAUUGUGUAUAAUAAAGUAUUUAGAACUCUU